AUGGCCGAGCCUUCACCCUCACCACGCUCGGGGUCAGCGGCCCCAUCCUCGCCACGCGCUGCUGCAAGUGGUAUUGAGGGAACCACCCUUGACGGUGGCGGCACUGCACCACAGCCGCAAAGCGCGACCUUUGUUCCUCCCUGGCGCCGACCAACCAUGGCGGGACAUGCACUGAACGGCGAUGCUGAAGGCGCUCGGCGUCCCUCGGUCCAGUUUGUGCCCAACAUAAAARGCGCAUUAGGUUCACGCUCUUCCUCCGCGCGACCACCAUCAAUCAGACGCAGCCUGGGCGGCGCAACACCAUCGACAACUGCACCAGGGUCGAGACGUAUGAGUUCUCCGCCUCCACCUGCACAAUUCCGGCCCAAGGUGUCAUUCGACACUUUCGCCAACCCCUCCGCUUCCGACUUUUCUCUCACCUUGAACCGGAAGYACCGCGACUACGAAUACACCAAACGAUCACGAACCUUUCUCUGCGGCACCGACACAAACGACUACAGCGAUACUGCGCUGGAGUGGUUGAUUGACGAGCUGGUAGAUGAUGGCGAUGAAGUCGUGUGUUUGCGAGUCGUGGAGAAGGAUAGCAAAGAAGCAUCCAUUUGGAGCAGAGGGCAAGGCACUCGUGGAUACAAAAGAGAGGCGGAACGCUUUCUUGAGGAGAUUGAGAAGAAGAACACAGAUGAUCGCGCUAUUAGCUUGGUUCUGGAGUUCAGCAUUGGUAAAGUGCAAGAUACCAUCCAGCAAAUGAUUCGAAUCUACGAGCCGGCGAUCCUGGUUGUGGGGACACGAGGAAAGAGUUUGACCGGCUAUCAGGGAUUGCUAAGUUCGGGCAGUGUGUCGAAAUACUGCCUUCAAUACUCGCCCGUUCCUGUCAUUGUAGUCAGGCCUAGCAGCAAGCGCGAAGCCAAGAAGAGGAAGCGUCUGCAGGAUCCCGCGAGGAGUGGCUACAGAGACAUUCUGGACAAGUCGGAGGAUGCGGCUCGCGGGCGAGGUGGACAUUUACUGGAUACGAACAAUCGUCUUUCCCUCUUUGGACCGGACCUCGGGGCCUUGGGCGAGCUUGGCAGUCCAGGAAACCCGGAUGACGAAGCUAGGAGGGUGGCCGAAGCAAUCGGAUAUCGUAACAGCGCCUUUCACCCAGCCUCUAAUGUGCGUGCUACAUCUCGCGGUAACUCACUUUCACGCGUCACAUCUGCUCGCUCCGCAGAUGAAAGUAAUGGCAAUGAAAUUGGUCGUCUACUCAAGUCUCCAGAGCUUGGAGUUGUUGAUUCACCCCCUGGUUCUGACGAUGAGGAUGACUUUGAUGAGGAAUGGGAACUCCGGCCUGAAGAUGAGGCUGCUCAGCUUGCUUAUGAACGGGCUCAGACCAUCACCGAGGAGCUAAAGGAUGAGGCCGAAGAGCGAACUAAGCGAGCGGAGAGGGGGAAUAGUCGGGGACGAAGGAAUACAGAGGGAAGCGAGAGGGGAGAGGGAGGUGGGGCUGCGGUGCUGGAUCUUUUGGCCAAGCUCGACCGCGGCAUCAACUAG